UUUUACCUGUUGCCUGACUUGCUACAAGAUGUGAGCUUUUUGCGUGUGUAGUUGAAUGGUGUUGUUGAUGGAGAUUAUCGAGUGGAAAUUUUAUAUACUUAACAAAUAGAUAAGAUUUUGCCGUUGUCUGCUCAAUUAUAGAUCCACAGUAUGACGUCAUAAUGUUGCAACUGGCGACGAGCUUUUGCAACUACCCAUGCUUUUGCAAAUUUCGCUGAAUUUGCAGUUUAGCGUGGACAUUUCGAACUGCAUGUGCAGUUUUUUAUACACCCUGUAUGCAUAGAUAGCGAAAAGUGCGCGAAGUGAGAAUCUUCAAGUUAGGGUGAAUAGUUUAGAACGUAACUGACGCAAUAUAUCUAGAACACAUUUGGUGAAUUUUCCUCAUUAGAGACGCUGCUCAGAGUGCUCCGUCACAUGGUGAUCGCAGCUGCUAUCAACUGCCUCCUGGUUCAAUGGGGUUAGCAAUGCGAGCCGUGGUAAGCAUAAGAUUUAGGCGCCAGUUACAUGGAGUUGAACCCCGGAGUUGAACUCAGCCCUGUUAACCGUGUUGAAUGUUUUUGCAAUUACAUGGACGAUUUCAACCCCCGCGGUUGAAAUGCUAUACGUUCCCGGCAUUGAUUCCCGGAAGUAAAAAACGAUUACAUGACCAAAUUUUCAACCCAGGGCCGAGUUCCACUCCGGGGUUGAGAAAUUUCAACCCUGGUAGCUGAAGCAGGGUUGAAAUUUCAACCCCAGGGUUGAACUCGAUCAACCCCGGGGUGGAACUCGAUCGUUUGGUUUUGAUAAGGUUGGCUGAAAUUUCAACCCGGUCACCAGGGCUGAGUUCAACCCCGGGGUUGAAAAUGCUCUAUGUAAUCGGCCCCUUACAGGCUUAUACACGUAAAAACACAUAAGUUGUAACAAAUCUGCUGCACACUUGUAACAAUGCUGUUGCAACGACUUGUCAACAGGAUGUGUUCGCACUGCUUGUUCCCAGCUUGUUGUUGAGCUCAACAGAAGGUUGUUGAGCUCAACAGACUUGUUGCAAGUUGUUCCAACAACUUGUUAUCUUCCUGCAGCUCAACAAUUUGUCAACAAGUUGUGAGUGACAACCUUGUAGCAACUUGAUAAAAUAACAACAUUGUUACAACUUGUUGAGAAGCUUGUUGCAAACACACACAUCUUGUUGACAAGUUGUGUGAUUUUUACGUGCGUAUCAAAUGGCUCAGGCAUUUUAAGAUUGUAUAUCGAAGAAUUAAAAAAAGGAAGUUUGAUUAUAUUCACCUUAGGAACGAGAUGUGAACGAGGGUGCAGAUAUGUUGAUGGUUAAGCCAGGGUUACCUUAUUUGGAUGUUGUGCGCAAAACUAAAGACAAGGUUGAAAUUUUAAAUACAAACUGCCCAUUUGAUAUCAAACUUUUGAUUGUCAUGCCUUUUUCUGUCAAAUGUUCAGAUCGAUGUUUCACUAAUUUUCAUUGUUUGCUCAUGUAGUUUCCGAAUUUACCGUUAGCAAUUUAUCAGGUAUUUAUAUAUUGAAAGCUUUUAUAUCUUCUUGUGAACAGCUUUCUUUUAUAGUUUAGAUGCAAAACAUUACCCUGUUAUGAACUGUUCUCCUAGCUAAGGGACCGGUCAUUCUUUAUGGUCGGAGAUGGAAGAGAAAAGGUUUGAGUGAGUAAAAGGUUGGGCAAAUGAAAAGCAAAACAACUCAAGGGUUGGCUAAUAAAAAUUUAUUGUUAUUUCCAAAGCACGACUCGCUUUUGACAAUAUCGAAGACUAAAAAGCAAUGUCACCAGUCAUAUGUCAAUACAAUAUGUAAACCAAUCAAUCAGAGUCACUAUCUUGAAAGAAAGUACAUGACUGUGCAGACAACAGGAAACUUUAGACUGCAGACAAUGGACCAUUUGCAUUAUAGACUAAAUUUUGAUCUAGACAAAAAUUUCAUCACAGCUUGAAAGAGCAUCACAAAAUCAGUAAUAUUCCGAAGUUUCGUUGCGAAAUGUUGUAAAAUGUGGAUAAGAUAGCCUUGCGAAGUUUGCCGUUUUUCAGUCAUUUUGUAUUACGCACGGUAAAUUGACAGUCCAAUCGGGUGUUGGGGCAUCAAUUUCCCGUUUGUAAUACAAAAUGACUGAAAAUUGCAAAUUUCGCAAGGCUAUAUAAUAUUAUCCGCAUUUUACAACAUUUCGCAACGAAACUUUGGAAUAUUACUACUUUUGUGAUGCUCUUUCAAGCUGUGAUGAAAUUUUUGUCUAGACUUGUUUAGAUCAAAAUUUAGUUUAUAAUGCAAAUGGUCCAUUGCACAAUCAGUUAUCAAACUCGUGUCACAGGAGGACAUAUGUGACAACUGAAUGGUAUCCUUUUGUGACGUUUUUGGUGAGGGGCAGCAAACCUUUUACGAAGAAAAAUAUUUCUCUUCGGUGCCACCCACAGCCAUAAAUAACGACUGAUUCCUCGGAGGUCCGUAAUCAAAAACGUAAAAUAUUAUCCUUUAGGUAUCAGGGGAAUAUGCAAUGCUCUACCACGGCAGUGAAGCGGGUGCUUUCAGUUUAAAGGAUAGUGUUCUGGAGACACUGCAGUGUAUGAGACGUGCUGGUAAGCGUGACUAUAUGAUGUAGGGGCGGAGCUGGCCUCAUCUGCAAGGAGGGGUGCAGGUUUUCCAUCAGGUGGUGCACGAGGGAGCCUUACCACAGAAUAAGAAGGUACAGCAGAAGUGUAACUCCAGUCGGUUCCCUUAUUGUUUUACGUCCACGAAAAUUUUAACUCGCUCACGCCAUCCUGGCUAGUACAACCGGAAGUUUUUAUCAGGUUUUGGUAGGUACAAAGUGCCGGUUGACUAGCCAGGAUGGCGUGAUUGAUGACGAAUCGCUUGUAGAAACGCGGACAAAUACUUGCUUGAGUUACACUUCUGCUGUACCUUCUUAUUCUGUGGCCUUACUGUCCACUCUCCUCUGCAGUCUGCAACGCUACUAGUACUAUCCGAACAUUACCAUUAUUUGAGAUGGCCGAAUCUGCAUGUUCGCCCUUCUGUUAAGUUUUGCAUUAUGGUUUGUUUAUAAAGUUUAUAUGAGCUUUUUAUCACUUAUGCGUGACUCGACAGUUGCAGUAUAUUUGAAAAUAUUGCUGUAUAACAACCUCGAUAUGUUUACAUAUUUAUAACCAUGAUAUUUAAGUUCCGCUAAUCGCUGUUCGAAGAGCAGAAAAUGUAUGGUCGAACAGAUUUUUUUGGGUGGUACUAGGUGUGGUGUGCACCCCCCUGAUGUACAUUUUCUCAUGCGAAGAUACGAGUUUGAACCCCACUGACUCAAAGAACAAUGCAAAUGAUUUCAAACCAUUUGUAACUUUGAUUCAUUAUAUAGGAGCAGAUUUGAUCAUAACAUAUUUUGUGCCACAAUUACUGGACUGGUGGCUAGCAGACAAGUGACCGAAUCGAAAGAAUAACUGAUUGAAAUGUUUGAAGAACACCAAUGAAAAUAAUUAAAAUAAUUAAAUUUAUUUUUAUAAAUUAAAUAACAAUAAAAUAUAAUACAAUCUCAUGUUCUUGUUAAUAAGUCUUCUCUGGAGUAUAAACAACCAAUUAAUAAUGUUCAGUUUACAUUAAAUGGUAAAUUGUUACAAGCGUUAUCUGGCAGAUAACAGUUCUAGGAAUUUAGAUUGCGAUGUUAGAUUAGAUGGAACGUUGCCCUCAUUAUCUGUUAAAUUCGUCUUUGCUCCUGCGGAAAGCAGCGUUUUUACAAUUGAUUCAAAUUCACAAAUUACAGCUGAAAUGAAGAAGGAAAAAUACCACAGUUGAUAUAAUUUAAAUACUGUUUAAUAAACGAGCAGGAGUGUUUUAUUAGGUUUAGGCUGGGAUUACACUAUACCGGAUUGAUUUUCAUACCGGAUCAAUUUUCACACCGAAGCCAAAAUCAAGGGUGUUUACACUAUGCCGCUUCGCUCUGUCGCCAGCUCGUAUCUUUUAUCGUUGCCACGGAAACAAAUAAUAAGUUUUGACCAUUUUGGACGUUUUCUCG